GGGCGGGGCAGAGGAGCGGCCUGCGACGGCGGGGACUGGUUGGAACCGUCUUACUCCUCCUUCCCUUUCCCCUUCCCUUCCCGGGAAAGGCUGGGGCUCGGCCUCCGGGCUGUUCGGUGGCCGCCGCGGCCUUAGCUCCGACCCGACCGCGGUACGGGAGAGUCCAGAUCGCGUCGGGUGCAUCCUCCUGAUUGUGACAGCACUUCCCUUCCUUGGUGAUGGAACUUGUCACUAGGGAGGAGGAUGAAGUUGGAGCAUAGCCAGCAAGAUGGGUUUCUUGAAUGAGUGCUUGAGCAGGACUGAGUGGAGGAUUCAGGGGCUUGGAGCCUUGUGAACAGGGAACCCGCCCUCCAACACCUGGAAGGACCUGGGUUUCAGUGAUGAGACAUGGGGUAUGAUGUAACCCGUUUCCAGGGGGAUGUUGACGAAGACCUUAUCUGCCCGAUUUGCAGUGGAGUCUUGGAGGAGCCAGUUCAGGCCCCUCACUGUGAGCACGCCUUCUGCAAUGCUUGUAUCACUCAGUGGUUCUCUCAGCAGCAGACGUGUCCCGUGGACCGUAGCGUCGUGACAGUCGCCCACCUCCGCCCAGUGCCCCGGAUCAUGCGGAACAUGCUAUCGAAGCUGCAGAUUGCCUGUGACAACGCUGUGUUUGGUUGCAGUGCCGUUGUCCGGCUCGAUAACCUCAUGUCUCACCUUAGCGACUGUGAGCACAACCCGAAGCGGCCUGUGACCUGUGAACAGGGCUGCGGCCUGGAGAUGCCCAAAGAUGAGUUGCCAAACCACAACUGCAUUAAGCACUUGCGUUCUGUGGUACAGCAGCAGCAGACACGCAUCGCAGAGCUGGAGAAGACGUCAGCUGAACACAAACACCAGCUGGCAGAGCAGAAGCGAGACAUCCAGCUGCUAAAGGCAUACAUGCGUGCAAUCCGCAGUGUCAACCCCAACCUUCAGAACCUGGAGGAGACAAUUGAAUACAACGAGAUCCUAGAGUGGGUGAACUCCCUGCAGCCGGCCAGAGUGACCCGCUGGGGAGGGAUGAUCUCCACCCCGGACGCAGUGCUCCAGGCUGUGAUCAAGCGCUCCCUAGUGGAAAGUGGCUGUCCUGCCUCUAUUGUCAACGAGCUGAUUGAAAAUGCCCACGAACGCAGCUGGCCUCAGGGUCUGGCCACACUAGAGACAAGACAGAUGAACCGACGCUUCUAUGAGAACUACGUGGCCAAGCGCAUCCCUGGCAAGCAGGCUGUUGUGGUAAUGGCCUGUGAGAACCAGCAUAUGGGAGAUGACAUGGUGCAGGAGCCGGGCCUUGUCAUGAUAUUUGCGCAUGGCGUGGAGGAGAUAUAGGAGAGAUUGACUGGCUAUCAGGAAGAGAUGGAAAUCUGAAAGCCCUAUCACUCCAGCAUCUGGGCCCUGAGUCCUCCCCGUUUUCCUUAAGGCUGAGCCACAAAUCCCCCUGCUUUUCUGGCACAGAAGGGCAAUGGGACACUUUGUUCAGCCUUCAGGGGUGGAAACCCAGAUUCCUGCCUUUUGCCAUAUUUUUUUCUUCUAAAAUGUCUGUAAAUUCUGUCUGGGUAGGAAUGUACCCAUUUUUGUAUUUUCCUGCCAAGAGUCCAUGGUUCCAGAUAUUUGCAGAAAGCACAAAGAGAUUAGUUUUGCCUAGAGGCUCACGGUGGAGUAAGGAAUCUCUAAUUGCCCUUUUCCUCCUAAGCCAGGGAAUCGGAGCAGGCAGACCUGUUGACUCUUAAGUGGCAUCUAGAAGGCACCUCUGGGGAGGAGACAUCCAGGAGAACUGGUCAGGGUGGAACCAAAACCCUAGAAGUUUGUAGGCCAGUGAUUGGCCAUUCCUGAUAGCCCUGGGGGAAGCCUGGAGCUCUGUGCCAAGCACCUCCUCCGCAGCCCACCUUGAGGUGCAGCGCCUGCUGGGACUGCAGGAGCACAGGCUAGGAUGCAGAGAGUUGAUGAGCUCUUUGUGCCUGCACUUUCCUAAUUGGGGAAAGGCAGGGCUGAGGGGAGGAGUUAGGCUGAUGGGUUCAUACACUCAGCAAGAAGCUGCUCUCUGGCUUUUGCUGAAAUAGGGCGGGCACUGCCUUUUGUGGCAUGUCCAUGAUAGUUUCAUAGACCUUUCACUGGUCCUGUGAUUGUAGUUAUUUUGAUAAUUUCUUUUAGCUGUUGUUUGUCUAUAUUUUACAAACCCAAUCUGUUUUCCACAUUUUUAAAAAAUAGAAUGGCCUUGUUAGGGCUUACACCACAUUCUAGCCCAGCUACAUUGUUGGCAUUUAAUUUAUUUACUUUUUUUUAAGAAAUGAAAAAAGAAAAAAAAUUAACAAAAUUUAAAGUUUGUUUCAGUUUGUUUUGGGGGGUGUUGUUUCAGCUUUGCUCUUUCUGUUGGGAUUCUGGAUAGGGUGGGGCAGGGAUAGGGUCUUUUACAUUUUUCCUUCUCAGCACAGCCUUUGGUUUUAAUAUAGGAAGAGCCAAGGGGGUCCUUGGUUGACUCUGACACCUGUUCCCACCCUCUGUAACCCAUCUGCAGUGAGGAGCUUCCUGCUCCUGUGAUGGAUGUGACAGUCCAGCAUGAAUGCCUAGGCCCUGAAGAAGUUUCCUCCCAGCCCAGCAUCUUACCAUAAAACCCUGGAUUAGAGCACUGAUUUUGAAGCGGCCCUCCUCCCAACUUUCCUUGGAGCUGGGUUCUAAGUUUCACCUGACAGACAGGCUAAGAACGAUACCUUUGUGUGCCUGAGAACAGGCUGUGCUCUGCUGUAUCCACCUAAGCACUUCCAUUUGAGGCUCCCUGGGGCUUUCCUUGAUUCCUAUGGUGACUGGCAGAGUCAGGCAGGUGAGCUCAGAGAGAGACUGGGGCUCCCCUCCGCAGUGUCGUUGGGUCUUUGGAGAUUUAUUCCAGACCAGUGUGCCAUUGGAUUGGGUAGUCGGAUCACAGCUCCACUGGGUUGGGAUGGUAGCUGAUGCUUGAAGAACAGUUCCAGCCCCAGGAAACUGCUCAGGAAUUUGAAACAAUGGGACUGUGAGUUGGGUUACGUUUCUUAAAACACACACCACACACACACACACACACACACACACACACACACACACACGCCUUAGCAGGGGCCACGCUCUCCUGUCUUCACCCCUAGAUGGAGCCAGGCAGCUCCGUUACGGCUUCCUUCCCCUUUGCACUGGUGUCUCUUCGGGUUGCUGGUUGUGUUGUAUGUGCUGUUCAUGACUACACU